AUGAAACACGAUCGAAUCUGCGAUUGUAUCGAUAUUCAAGUUCCAUCUAGGCAGUAUGCUGUGAAAGCUAAGGAAGACUGCGACGCUGCUGAUAUGAUUACAGGUAUUUUCACAUUGUUCUCCAUUCCCAUUACUGCAUUAGUGGACUCCGGGUCCACGCAUUCAUAUAUCUGCAGUGAGAUCAUCCGAGAGAAAGGUAUUCUUGUUGAGGAGUUGGAUGUUCGGAUUCAAGUAUCCAACCCGUUAGGACUUGAUGUAUUAGUGGAUAAGGUGUAUCGAAGAUGUCUAGUUGAGAUUCAGGGUCAACUAUUUUCGGCAAACUUGAUGGAGUUACCCUAUCGAGAGUUUGAUGUAAUUUUGGGCAUAGAUUGGUUGACCGAGCAUGAUGCAAGUUUAAGAUGUAGAAUGAGAUAG